UGGAGUCAAAUGUGCGUUAGACCAUUAUCCGUGUGGCAUUCCGCUUUGGCUACGAUUCAUACCAUUGGAGAUUGGAAUGGAACAGCCUGGAGAUGGAGGCUGCUUCAUUCUGUCCAUCCCCUAAAUGCGAUCGUGGCCACAAACCCUCCCAUCCAAAAGGAGUUCUGGGAGCUCCGCGCUCCUCCCAGGUUUGAGUUUGACUCAACAAAGACUGCCAACCAUGAAAAUAACAUAAAUUCUAAUGGGGAAGUCUCUUUUACGCUGUCUGUUACUCCCUUGUGUGAGACUGAGCUUUAGCCUCCGGAGAUGCGCUCUUCCCAACAGGACUUUGAUCAUCGCGGGCGCGUGCGUGCUUUAUUUGUUGGUGUUGGUUUCACAACUCGGACGCUCGCGGCAGCUCCGGCACGAAAUGACUGAGAGAGAGAAGUACCGGCACACCCGUGGAUUGUAUAAUCUGGAUAUUACAGCCUCUGAGGAUUUUAAGACCGGAGCGAGCUUUGCGCUCCCGACACGCUCCAACGUGGUGUACAUAACGCUGAGGACCAAACGCGCAAAACCGGCACACAUCCGGGGCACCAUCAGACCCAAACUGAGGAGAAAGGCGAGGAGGAAUCAGGAUGAAGCUCGUGCUCAUUUUUCGCGGAGCAAACUAGGCCCUUUGGAGAGGGACGCUGGCCAAACUAAGCGCCACUUUGCCUCCAACGCCUCGCGGGGGGAAACCGGGGACGUGAUUCACAAAUCUUUGGAAGUAAUUCGUGCAUCUCUCCCGGACGCACAGGCAGACUCUCCCGUCAGCUCCAUACGGAUCUACAGCCAGAAGGCACCGCCCUGGCUGAGCGCACGGGACGUGGAGGCCAUGCGCUUUCUGGCGGAUGCCAAAGUUUUGCGCGUCAAAGAAGUUCCUCGCGCAGACUCUCCGUCACUUCUGGUCUUCGAGGGCGAGAGGAGCGUUUCAAAGACGGACCUGAAACGGGUUCGACCGUGGACCAGUGCGUGUGGAGGGCAGUGUGGAGUCAUCAGCAGCCCCGUGGACGCCACGGAGGUCUUUGCUUUUCACCUGGACAGGGUGCUCGGGCUCAACAGGACAUUGCCAGCCGUGAGCAGACGGUUUAACUUCUUACAUGACGGCCAGCCCUGUCCAGUGGGGUCGUGGGACGCAUCCCUCGUCCCAGAAGGCCUCGCUGCGGGCCGGUCCACCGUGAGGUUAACGUGGGCGGAGUACCAGCUCUCCCUGAAGCAGAGAUGCUGGCACAAUAACAUCCGCCCAAAGUCGGACUCCGGCUGCUCGCCAGUUCAUCACCUCGAGUGGAGCAAGCUGGCUCUGUUCGACUUCCUGUUGCAGAUUCACAAGCGCCUGGAUCCGAGUUGCUGCGGAUUCAGGCCCCGGCGGGACGACGUGUGCGUGCAGCUCGGCCGCAAAGCUGAAUGCGGGGACCAGAAUCACAUGCAACUGCCCACCAUCAUCCACAAGGGUCACGACCCCAGACACCUGGUCUUCACCGACAACCAGGGGUUCUUCGACCGCAACGAGGACAACCUGGACUUCAGGCUGCUGGAGGGCAUCAAAGAACUCCCGGAGCGGGCGGUGUUGGUGCUGAAGAACAGGAGGCUGAGGGAGAAGCUCCUCCAGUCUCUGUUCCUGGACCAGACCUACUGGGAGAGCCAAGGCGGCCGGCGGGGUGUCGACAAGCUCAUCGAUGUGGUUGAGAGGCGGGCCAAGGUCCUCCUCACCUACAUCGCUGCUCAUGGGAUCAAAAGCACCGCUAUGAAUGAGUGAAAAGAGUCAAGUCUCAUUGAAAAUUAACUGCUCGUCCAUUUACAGGACACUAGACUCUGGAAGACAAACAACUCAUCAGCUAGUAUAAUUUGACAUUUUACAUCAAUUAUCUCAAGAGCAUGGCAACUAAUGGGGUCAAGUUAAACUGGUCUUAAUCUACCGUGGACCAUGUCAUUUUAUCGGGUUAGGGUUAUAUUUGAGAAAUUAACAAGAUGAUUGAAUUGUAGAUUUCUUUCUCCAAAGUUUAUGUCUGAAUGACAAUUACCACAUUGCUAUUUGAGAACAAUAAAAAGCCCACUAGAAUUUGUCAGUUGCAUAAAAGACUGAGAGACCCUAUGGUUUGAAACCAUCAAGCCAAAAACAUUUCUUCCCUGAAAAUAUUCUUCCAUUGUUGUGCAGAGAAUAUGCUGCAGUUCAUACGUUCCCCCUCCUGAGGCCUUGUAUUAAGUGGAAUGCGCUCUGUGUAUGACUGGAAUGCACUGCAGGAAUGACAGGAAGCUGUUGAUUCGCUCUGGGUCACAUAUUAACUGACUUUUCCAUAUUCAUUUGUUUUUAAAUCUUGUGUUCAUUUUGAUACUUGAUCUUUUUUUUUACAACAAGUCUUCAUGAAGUUUUCAUCACGACUGAUAAUCAUGGUUAUUUCAUUAUGGAAACUGCUUUGCAUUGUGUCUGUACUUUAUAAACUUAAGAACCUUAAAAUGAGCCUGGUGGGUU